CAAGUGGUGCCAAGAACGUAACCCCGGAAUAUUUCAUCAUAAAAUGAUAAAGGAAGAAGAUAAGAAUGAAGUUUUUUGCAGAAUCAUCGAAAAGCUGCAAAAUAGCCCGCUUUUUCUGGACAUGAAAGCAGAUCUGCAGAAGGAGGUCGCAAAACCUCACAUCCAUGUGACCGACAUGAAGAAGAGCAUUCAAAAUUAUUUGAAAGACUCAGGGUGGGAGGUCAAGCUACAGAAUGCAGUUUAUUUUCAGCUAAAGAGUUUACCAAUGUCCUCAAUACAAGGCAUUCCUCAGAACCAAGUUAAAGAACCAUUAGCAUUCAUUCGUAAGGCACAGAUGAACUGGGAGAAGAGAAUUGUCAAGAGUAUAAACAGCAUGUGCACAGAGCUAUCACUUCCUCUGGCAAGAAAAAGGUCAGCAGCAGACCAGAGUGUCAUGUCAUCAAAGUUUGAAGUUUUAGGUGGUGAACUGGAUGAAAAACAAAUGGAAAAGAUCAAACCAGUCUAUGCUCCAAAGGACUUCUUUGAGGCCCUGAUAAGUAUAGAAAAUCCAAGCUUUACACCACUUCGCAAGAUCCCAAGGUCAAUCAAAGGAUGGGGUUUAAUGAAAGUUCAGCUUUACACCAAAUCCCUUCAAGAUAUGAAAGUUGUCUACAAAGAACUGGACCCAGGAAAUUCUCAGAGUGGAGUGGAUGACGCCUUACUUGAAAGUACCUCAUGUGAAUCAUUUUCAACUGAUUGGAACAAGAUUGGAAGGAAAGUAAUUCAACAUGGAAGUGCUCCAGUUGCCCGACAGUAUGCCAAGUAUGGCUGCCCUCCUGGGCUGAGGAGGGAGGUCUGGUGUCUUAUACUGGGGCUGGAGGUUGAUGAUGUGGACCUGUUAUAUUUCCAGCAGCUGAAACAAUAUGUUAUCGAGUAUGAUAUGCUGGUUGACAGCCUGAUAACGAAGGACAUCAAGCUCACGUCCUCGAACGAUGAUAACUACUUUGUGUUUGAAGAUGUUCUGUGCCAAGCUCUUCUUGUUUUCAGUCGAGAUACGUCCAUCCUGGAGCAUUUCGAGCAUUCCAGUGCCACGCCCCCAAAAUCUUACAUUCGAGGCAAACUUGGUGUUCAAGACUAUGCUGUCGUUUAUCCCCCAAAUGGUAUCAUACCCUUCCACGGCUUUUCUAUGUAUGCGUCUCCUUUAGGUUAUAUUUGCGCUGAAGCUCCACAACUUUACUUUCUCUUUCGACGAAUUUACACCAGAUACUUUUUUCGUCUUCACGGCAUGUCCUCGCACCCUCAGGGAAUUAUGUCACUGUGUGUGUUGUUCGAAAAUCUUCUUCAAACUCACGAGCCUGCCCUGUUUUACCAUUUAAAAGAAGUUGGUGCUCACCCGCUCCGUUUAGUCUUUAACUGGUUAAUAUACGCAUUUGCUGGUUAUUUGGAGACAGAGCAGCUGCUCCUUUUGUGGGACAGGAUAUUUGCUUACGACUCAAUGGAGUUAUUAGCAGUUCUCGCCAUGGCAGUCCUGUCCUAUCGUCGCGCAAAUCUCUUGGAAGUCACUAGUCUACAGGCAGCUCAGACGGUGCUAGCUGAUAUUUCCACGUUAAACUCCAUUGCUUUACUGCAAUACGUGUUAUUUCUUAAAUAAUAACUCAAUACUGCUCCUUGACUAUCGAGAUUAUAGACAAUGCGGAAGCUUGUAAACCUAGAUGGUAAACCGCUUGUUGUCCGUAGCGUGCCGCCUUCUCAGAACUGGUCCUUUCCUAACAACCAAAGAAACCUCGCCCGUCGUGUUACUGUUAAUCUUUGCUGGGAAACUCUUCCCACCGCCUCACCAGCUUGUAGUCUUUUCCCACCAAAAAUUGCCCCAUCCGUCACAGUUCUGAUCAGGCCUAUCUCUAAGUCCCAGGACUCCUCCUGUUUUGAGAGAAGUUCAGCGAUCUUCUGGGCUCUUGUAAAUGACGUUUAAAGUGUAGAAGCGAGUGAACUACGUUGCAUCAUCAUCCAAGUAGGACCUCUUGAACGUUCUACAUUCCUUUCUAGCUUAUGACGAUGACGUUUCUUUCCAUAUUUCAUAAUUCAUUGUAUAUGAACAAGAGAAAUACUAUUUUCUCUUUAUAUAAAUUAUUGUUGAUAAUGCAGUUCAAGAAAAAAACAACUCGAACUCGUUCGUAAAAGUACUUUUUAAACUGUACAUUACAACCCGUUUGUAAAUUGAAUGUGUAUUUAUAUCUUCGUUUCAUUGAUUGAAACGUAUUAUGAACCUUUAUUUUCGCGAUAUUAAAGGGUCUCUUUUUUAUCUUC